AACAGCACAUUGCCUGAUGUCAUCUUGGCAGCGCUAGAGACGUCAUGAGCGUCUUACUGCCCAACAUGGCGGACUUUGAUACCAUUUAUGAGUUAGACGAAGAAGAUGAAAGGAUAGUGAGUGAAGAACACCUCGCCAGAUACUGCCCUGAACCUGUCAUAAUGCGAGGAGCUGGACACAUUACCGUGUUCGGCUUGAGCAAUAAGUUUGACACAGAGUUUCCCUCUGUCCUCACCGGAAAGGUGGCUCCUGAGGAGUUCAAGACGAGCAUCAGCCGGGUGAACGCCUGCCUGAAGAAGAACCUGCCGGUCAAUGUGAAGUGGCUGCUGUGCGGCUGCCUGUGCUGCUGCUGCACUGUGGGCUGCAGCCUCUGGCCCGUCAUCUGCCUCAACAAGAGAACAAGACGAUCAAUUCAGAAGUUGCUAGAAUGGGAAAACAAUCGACUUUAUCACAAGCUGGGGCUGCACUGGAAGCUCAGCAAGAGGAAAUGUGAGAGCAACAACAUGAUGGAAUAUGUGAUUCUUAUAGAAUUCUUACCCAAAUAUCCGAUAUUCCGGCCGGACUGAGGCGGUCUCCAGGGAGACGGAGCAGGCCCCCGCUGGUGUUGGAGCCCCCUCUCUCCCAUCCUUAGUGCCUUGUACAUAAUGUUGGACCGAGGGUCAUCGCCAUAGACAUGUAUGGAAAUAUACUGCAGGGUGUCUGGAAAAUAUGAAUAGAAACAGAAAAUGAUUGAAAAGUAGGUGUUUGUUUGAAAUUCACAUCAUUUUGUAUAAACGUGUAAUACAAUUACAAUUUUCAGAUUUCAUUCUUAAAUGUUUUGUCUCGCGUUUUCUCCAACGGGCAGCCACUGGGGUCCAGGCACUGCUGUGCUUAAUUGCUCAGAAUUCUACUGGAAUUUGGUGCAUUCGCUAUCAACAGCUGCAUUCACCUUUAGUGGCUGUUGCAUGUCUCACAGCGCAGACCUUAAGACAUCAAUUUGAGAGCAGGCGGUGACAGAUCAAUAAAGUGAUGUCUGGAAAUUCUAUAGCACUUUGAAGAUGACAUGAAUUUCAACACUCAACCAAGCUACUUAACAAUCAUUUAAAUUGUGAAUACAUUUUUUUCUGGACACCCGGUAGUAUACUUGUCUGACAUAUGUCAAUGGUUAUCACUGGCUUCUCAUUAGCCUCAACACAAGACACCACACCACAACAAACCAUCAGCCCACUCUUCCCUCUCUCCUCUCUCACCUCUGAACCCCUGUAUGUCGCCCUCCUACCCCCCCCAUUCCCAUACACUCCUGUACAGUAGAAGUUGCAAACACUGUCACUUUGUUUUAGAGCAGAUUUUGCACAUUUUCCUGAUGUAGUAGAAAAACGCUCCCUUUUGUUGCACUGACAGACGUUUUGUUUUUGUUUAUUUGUGUUUGUUACGUAUGACAGUUUGCGAUUUCGACACAAAAAGAAGCAACAGAGAACUGAAAACUGUUUUUUGAGAGAGAAAAAAAGUGCAUUUACCCCAAAGAGCCAUCAGUCCCUUGCCACAUGUUGUAUUAAGAUAUCUUUGUAAACAAACAGGUCACCUUUCGGUGCGUAUUUGCCUUAUGUUAAACGACAACCUUUUUUUCUAAAGAGAUGUGUGUGCGUGUGGAUGUGUGUCUCUGUGCGUGUGCAUGUGCACGUGCACAUACACCCUUGUGUUUGUGUGUUCGUCUGUGUGGAUGUGUGUGUGUGCGUGUGGGUUUGUGGAUGCCAAUGUAUGUUCCUGGAGGGAUUUGUUGCACAGAACUUGUUCAGCCGUCUAAACAGGUUCUGCUGUGAGGUUUUUUUGGGCAUUGCCUCCUGAAACCAGUUGUUCUCUCCCUACAGUUGAUACGGGGAGGUGGGGGGUUAAAAAGAGUAACGGAACAGCGUGGCUGCUACACUUAGUGUGAACUAGCAGGACAUUCCAAGAACGUGUUAACCUACAAAAAGUACAAAAAGUGGUAAACCUGAUAAUAAACAUUUUACAGGUGUUAUUUAGUUAAGAAUUUGGGGAGUUCAGGCUCUUUUAUUAGAUGUCUUACCACUACCUCUAGGUUUACAGAGCCUGCUUUGGCUAUUCACACACCUUCUUGGAAUAGCCAUUGCCCCAAAGGACUCGUGUGUUGGAAAUGGAGUGAAGAGUCAACGCCAUUGGUUUUCCUGCACCUUUUUUGUUGUUUUGUUUGUUUGUGGAGAUUUUCCUCCACCUAUGGGUAGGGGGAGCUGUCUUGCGACUGACCUUGUAAAUACAAUACACAGAUUAACCUGUAUGUACAGUGUGGUAAUGCCAUGUUUACAUGAUGUUUAGCAGCUCAUUUUGGGGCUUUUCGUUGGUUUUCAUUUUUUGUUUUAUUUUUUGUUUGUUUGCGUUCUGUUCUGCCAAUAAUAUAACUGUAUUAUAGAUUUUCUUAAAAAACAAGUGUUUCCAUGAA